GGCCCGUACAUGGUGACGCGCGCACCCUCCAUUCAGGCCAAGCUGCAGAAGCACCGGGACCUGGCCAAAGCCGUGCUGCGGAGAAAAGGCAUGCUGGGGGCCUCGCCGCGCCCCGACUCUGCAGGGAAAAGGUCAGUGAAGUUCAACAAGGGCUACACUGCUCUUAGCCAGAGCCCAGAUGAAAACCUGGUGUCCCUCGACUCUGACAGUGAUGGGGAGCUGGAAUCCAGAUACUCCUCCGGGUAUUCCUCUGCAGAGCAGGUGAACCAGGACGUGAGCCGGCAGCUGCUCCAGGACGGCUAUCACCUGGAUGAGAUCCCCGACGACGAGGACUUGGACCUCAUCCCCCCCAAGCCCAUGGCCUCCUCGGCAUGCUCCUGCUGCUGGUGCUGUCCUGGGGACUCCUCCUGCACCCUCCAGUAGACAUCAGCCCCAGGACGGGCCUCGCUGACUGAGGCAUGCGCGCUCAGCUGGCCCCUCCGCGUUCAGAGUGUGGCAGGGAGUGCUGUCAGCCCAGAGUCCCCGGGGGCACUGACCCUCUGGGAAGGGCAUGGACCACAAGUGGCCCUGCCUGGUGGUUCUCAGGCCGGAGCCCCCAUCCAGACGUGGGGCGGCAGACGGAACUCUGGAGCUUUCCUCUGCUGUCGGGGCGGUGUGGAGAAGCCGCUUCCGUGAGAGCAAGAGCAGGGUCCUGGUCCCGACAGCGGGGCGGAGGUGGUCGGCACACACUCACAGGCUUUGCGGCUGGCGUGCUCAGGGAGGGGAGGAGCCAGUGUGUCCACGCUGUGCUGCGUGGCAGUGUGUGGAGGCAGAAAAUCACACUUCAGGCUGCAGCUGGCAAGCCUUGAAACCAAGUCUGACUCUUUGGGACCAGUCCAAGAAGUUGCAUACGCUCUCCUCUUCCCGGCUCUACAGCAGGUUACAGAUUUGACCUUCAGGAGAGCAUGAGGUGGGUCCCUCUGUCCCUCCUCAGGCAGCUCCUGUGUAACCAUGGCAGGAAUAUAGCAGGCAGGUUCCUGAUGCAGCAAGAUGGGGCUUCCAGACUCACUGGACCUGGGGCAUCCCCACCUGGCCCAGCUGUCCACUGGGAUUCGUGACUCUGGUCAGCUCUUCCCUAGUGAGAAAACUGCCCCGCCGUGCACGGAUGUAUGUAUUCCUGUUUCCUUGGUCUCAGCAAGGUGGGGUUGAACGUACUGGGCUGGCCCAGGAACCUGCAGUUCUUGUGGUGACCAGCAGAGGGAGGUGCAGGAAGCUCCUGGUGCUUCCUCCUUGUCUCGCUUUGGGAACUUGGAGAACUAGUGCAGGUGGGGGGUGUGCCCACGUGGCUGCACGGGCUUCGGCCAGACUGCAGUGACCAGAUAGGGUGGGAGGAGAGGGUAGGCCAACUCCUAGGCUCUGCCAGCACAAGGGCCUCUCCUCACUCUACCAUGGGCCCUGCUGUUGCCAGUCCUCUGACCACAGCGUAAGCCUCAAGGGCAUGCUCCGGAUGGCUUUCGCAGGGUCCCUCGGGGUCCACAGCUUCGCAGGGAUGCGCGUGACCCCUGGGCCUGGGAGGUAAUGGGAAGGUUGAGGAAUUUGCACAGGGAGAUAGGCCUGCCCUGUCAGCAGCUGUCCUGAGGGUAACCCUGCUCUGCCCAAUGGGCAUCUGGGCUUUUCUCCAAUUGUGGAGUCCAGAGGGAAAGACAGAAGUAUCGAGGGGCUGUGGCUGCUCAGUCCGCAGUGGACAGCCUCCCCAGAGGCACUGUGGCCGGGGGUCUGGAACAGAGAGGCAGCGGGUGGCUCUGCUCUGAGACCGGUCCCAGCACUCUGAGCACUCUGGCAGGUGCCUGCAAGGAGUGAGGCCAGCUGAACCCCUUCCCCAUCCACAGGCCCUCCAGGCCUUCCUGCUUUCUGCAGGGGGAGUGCCCACAUGCACAGGAGACAGUUGGGGACAGUGUGAAGGCAGCAGUGCUGGGGGGCCCCGGUGGGGGGGACUGGACCCAUGUUUCUGUGGAGCUGGACAGACCACAGAGCCUGUGCACUAGCAGCUGCUGGGAGUAAGGGUGGCAGGACCCCAGAACCAAAGCCCUGCAGGUGGUUGAGGCAGCAGUCAGCACGUGCACAUCUGGGUGUCCUGGAGUGCUGGCCGUGUGCGAGGGCCUGGAGCAGGGUCCAUGAGCCAUGAGGCAGGGUAGAAAUGGUCAGCUUGGGACCGGAGACCGCAGGCCCACAUACCACCAGUAAGGCCCCAGGUGCCCAGAGCCAGCUGCCUUAAUUCAGAGUGCCGCGUCCUGCAGUCCCCCGGGGUGCUUGGGCUCACCCGCAGAGCGCACUGGGGUGCUUGCAGUGCUCUCCGGAGCGUGCGGCCCCGUACAAUGGUCAGAAUAAACGCAACCACGCUAGUUUG